AUGUAUAUACAAUAUAGAUUAUUCAGUGAGAGGAGUCUUUGGAGAUUUCUCGAAAUUAAUAAGAAUGAUAAUUACAUUUUGGUUAGUGAUUUAAAGAAUAUUUUAUGCAAACAGAGUAAUAUAAAUUAUAACAAUAAGAUAGAUAUUUGUUUUUCUAUUUAUAAAGAGGGAGACAGUUUUGAGGAGGACGAUAGUAAUAAUAAUAAUAAUAAUAAUAAUAUCAAUAAAAAUAUUGGGAAUGAAAAAGAUAAUUUGAGUGAUCAAGGAAAUAAAAAAAAUUUAUUAUAUUACAACAAAUCAGGCUAUGAGAAUAUAAAUAAUAAUAUUAAUGAUAAUACUUAUAAUAAUAAAGAAAAUAAUAUUAAUUUUUUAAACAAUGAUGAUAAGAUUUAUAAUGGGACAAAGAUAUUAAUUCAUAGACAAGUUAAAAAAAAGAAUAAUAUAACAGAUGUUAUUACACAUAAAGCUAAAAAAGAAAUAAUUAUAAAUACUGAAGAAAAACAGAAAAUAAAUAUUCCACCAGAAUUUUUAUGUAAAUUAUGUAAUUAUCUUUUAUUAGAAUCUUAUAUAAUCGUUUGUAAUAAUAACUGUGGUUAUUCUGUAUGUAGAAGUUGUUUAUUAUUUUAUAUUUUAAAUUGUUUUAUUAAAGAAAAUGAGAAAAAAAUGAACUAUAUAGAUAUGAACAUGUUGAAUACUGAUAAUAUAAUAAAAUGUCCUAUAUGCCAAGGUGUAUUAAAAUAUGGUAUCUUAAAUAAAAAAAUGGAGUUAACCAUAAAAAAGUUUGUAGAAGAAAGAAAAGAUAUUCAUUCUUAUAAUUUAUCUAUGGAAGAAAGAAAUAAUAGAUAUUUAAAAAUUCUUGAUAGAUUAAAUAUAGAAAAUAUUGAAGAUUUAUGUAUUGAUAGAAAAAAUAAAAAAAAUUUAUUCGAUAAUCAUAUAUUUAAACAUAUCGAAAAAAAAUAUAUUCAUUCACAUAUAACUCAGGAUAACAAAAAUAUACUUGAAAAGAAUGAAGAACCAAAAAUAAUAAAUCACUUUUUAUAUCUUAUAGAUAAUUAUAAGUUAAAUUGUAUUAAAGAAUAUGGCAUGUUAUAUGUAGAUUUUAAUAAUUAUCUCUUUGAUUCCAUACAAAAGAUUAAGGUGAAGAGUAUUUACGAGCAACAAAUAAAUGACAAUAAAGACAAUACUAGUGUUAAUAUAAAUAUUCACGAUGAUUGUGAUAAGAAUAUGAAUUUAUCUUUAAGAAAGGAUAAUAUGACUGAGCAGGUUGAUAAAUCUGCUAAUAAUGUGGAUGAUAUUUCAGGUGUUGACCAUAUAAAGAGGGAAUUAAUUCAGGAAGGCGUGAUGAAGGUAAAGACUGAGGAAUAUGGAGAGUCCAAUGUGAAGGGAGCUACAAAUGAUCCUUUUAAUUGUCUUAGUAUGUUGAAAAAUAUGUCUAGUUAUCUUACUGGUAUGGUUGGAGAUGAUAAAUGUGAUGAUAUGGUAAGGAUCAAAAAGGAGGAACGUAAAGAUUUGAAUAAUAUAAAUAAUGUGAAUAAUAUAAAUGAUGAUAAUAAUGAUAUUGAUAAGGAGAAUGAUUGUGUAGAUGAUUUUAAAGAAGAUAUGUAUAAUCAAACAAAGACCUAUAUCAUACCUAUUUCAUUUGUAGGAGGAGAAACCUCUUAUAGUCUGAUAGGUAUAUAUGCAGUUAAAGAUUUAUAUAUGAGGAUUGAUGGUAAGAAAAAUGAAGGUUCAUCUAAUAAUUUGACAUCUACAAGUAGUUCUUUGUUUAAUAAAGGUAAUAAUAACAACGUGGAUGAUUCAUUUGUUGAAACAUUUUUAAAGAAAUGGUUUCAUUAUGAGAAUCAGAAUGAGAAGAAGGUGGGUAAUAUAUUUGAAAAGCUAAAGAGUGGUAAUAUUUAUAAUAUCGAAUGUAUUAAUAAAUAUGAGAAGACUUGUUUUUUUCCAGCUAGGAAACAACCUAUAUAUACAAUAAUAAAUACUAAAAGACAAAAAACGAAAAAGAAAACAAAUAUAGAAAUUAGUUUGGAUUUCAAAAAAUUUAAAGAUAUUGUAUUAAGUGUUGAUAAUUAUAUUAAAUAUGGAAGUAGACCAACAAAUUAUGAACCUAGAAAGGAAAAGAUACAAGGAACAAAUAUAAGUUUAUCAAAUAACAACAAUAAUAAUAAUAAUAUGGAGAUGAAUGAAAAUGACAAUGAAGGAAAAGAACAAGAAAUAAAUAAUAGAGAUAAUAUAUUUAAUGAAGAGAAAGAUACAUUACAUAAUAUAUUAGAUCUACAAAAUGAACAGGAUGAUAUAUUAACAUGUUCAAUAAAUUUGCAACAUGAAUUUAAAGAUAUAUAUCAAACCUUAUAUGAUACAAGUAUAAUACCUAUUUCUAUAAAUAACAAUUUUAAUGUUAAUAAUCCAUAUGCAAAUUAUUGUGCCCUACUUCCAUUUCUAACUAAAAAGGAUUUUUAUUUAUUUAGGAAAUUACAACGUAUAUAUAAAGAAAAAUAUUUAAAAAAACUGUACAAACAUGUUAAACAAAAUAAUCUAAAUAUGAAUAUUUUUUUUAAUGCAAUCAACGCUUUGUAUUUUGCUACAAUUCGAAAGGAUUAA